AUGUCAGAGACCAACCCAUGCUUUCAUGUCUUCAACGCUCAGCCUGCCCAACUGAAUCCGGAGCCUGAGAUCCCGUUGCCCAAGGGGAUUACAGAGCAGGCGUUCUGGCAGUGCGCGGAGCGCAGCCAGCAACGGAGGUUUUUGAACGACAUGACAGGAGUGAACAAACGCGAAAUCGAUUCAGAGAUCACCAAGCAGACGAACAAGAUUGAUGAGAUUACGCUGGGUUUGGAGCUGGCGGCCGCCGUGGCGGGGAUGAUCCCCUGGGGAAGCUAUGCCGAGCCUGGCGCCAAAGGGGCCGAGAAUGCUCAGCAUCAAGUGAGAGAUCGGGCACAGGGCGUGAUUGAGGAAGCAGCCAAGAAAAGUUUCGCACGAAGGUUUUUAGACAGUUCCUUGCGCUUCGUCACCAGUACCUUCAAGGAGAUCGGACACUUGUUUUCAUUGAAUGGUGGCAAAUUGUAA